UUCUCAUCUCCAUUUCUAAGCCGAAGAGCCGGCGUUGUCCGUAGACACCUCCAAGGUCAUGUGGCCGGCAUGACUGCAUGGAGCGCCGUUACCUUCCCACUGGAACAGUACCUAUUGAUCUACUCACAUUUGCAUGUUUUCAAACUGCUAGGUUGGCAGAAGCUGGAGCGAACAGCGGCUGCUCACGCCACUCCCAGAGUUUGAACCUGGGACCUUUUGGUCUCCAGCUAAGUGCUUUAAUACACAUCGCCAUCGGGGCUCAUAUGACUAGACUUAAUGUCAAGUAAAAACCUUUACCUUUACCUUAGGACCUCAUGUGGUCUGCAAGCUGCAUUUUACCACCCUGCUAUAGGGAUAGUGGAUUUUACCUAGGAUUCCCCUGGCCUUGGCUUUAGCUUAUAUUGUGACUGUCCUUGGGCUCCAGCCUUUUUCUGCCCCUUUUGGCCCUUCUGCAGGCCGAUCCUAUGUAAUUUUUCAGUGGAAACAUACAUGGAAAAUGAUACGUUAUGUUGAUGGUGGAAGCAUUAGUGUCCUCUUCAUCUCCCACAGGCAGUGCAUCUUUUGAAUUAGACUUGCCUGCAUAUGCAUUGGAAAUUUGGUUUCUCCAUACCUCAGACCAUGAUAUAAUGGCAGAGGCAUGAGUGCCAGUGAAUAUGGCAGUUUCAUGUCCAGUUUCCUUACUACCACCCUGCUUGAUUGGUUUGUCCUUUAGAGAACCAUGAAAUUCAGGAUUCUCAGAAACAGGGUAGCUAAGUACUAGUCUGCCAUUUGCAGUGACAGUUUUGCAUCUCCUUUGUCCCAGCCUGGGAGCUUUGCAACAUCUCCUGAAGCAAUGAAUGCCACCUUGCUAAUUUCUUAACUAUUUCAUGUUCCUUGACUGGGCACCUUAUUUAGCCAGCAGCAGUUUAACCCACUAGAUGGUUGGUUUUACAAUACAGAAUUUACAGUCUUGUGUUUUCAAGGUGGCUUUUUGUUCAGAUUCAUUCAUAUUUAUAAAAACAUAUGUUUUCCUCCUCCGGCUUCCAUUCCCCUCCAUCUGCAUGCUUAUGCAUUAAUCAGCUGCACAACUUUCCCCUGUCACCUUCAUUAUCUAGUGUUGGUUUUUUUAAAAGUAAAGAAGACGAAUGUGAAGAGAAGACAUAAUUAGAUGUCACUUUGCUUAAAUAAUACCUCUGAAAGCAACACAAUGAUUUCCGAAAUGGGGAAAUGGAAAUGGCACGGUCUGAACUAAUGACCAAAUUAAAGAAGCGGGGUUGGGUGAUGGUUGCCAUUGCUGUUGUUUAAGCCAAGGCUUUCUCCCUCUCUCCCUUCCUUGUAACGAAUCAUGACAAAUUUAGAGUUCAGAUGGAUGGAUGAUUAGAUUUUCCCCCACUCAUCCCUACUCAAAAAAUGAAAUAUUUCUAUAAUAUUAAACCCGUCAAAUUGAUCAAAGUGCAGUGUCAAAAGAUAUUGUAAGUGCUUCUUCUCAUCGAGUCCCCAGGAUGAUUGCAAAUCUAAGCACUUUUUUUAUCCCUCUCCAGAAAAGGUCUGCAGAUUUCUAAUAUUCCAUGCAGAUAAAUAUGAAUCAAGAAAUGAGCCAGCUGCUGUCAGCUGAAUUCUUUUGCUUGUGUGCUUACAGUAACACUCAAAAGUCGGUUGUAGUGACUGGUGGGGAAAAGGUUACAGUUUGGGAAGUUAGAGUCCAAAGACCAUCUUUUUUGUGGUCUCGUGGUGAUAGCUGCCCCUAAUGAAAAUUUCCUUCAAUUCCCACAUUUAUAGCAUUGCAACACUGCAAGUCACUUCUGAUACCACAAAAUGCAGAGCCAAUCUUAAGAAAUGGGGCUUCAAAGUGGAGUCCAGGUUGUGAGUGUGGAGAAGAGCAAACCACAGACCACCGACUAUAAUGCAGUCUAUGCCCUGCCACAUGCACAAUGGAGAACCUUCUUAUGGUGACACCAGAGGCACUCCAAGUGUCCAGCUUCUGGUUUUUGUUCUUGUUCUUGUUCUCAUGUCAGGAGCAACUUGAAAAACUGCAAGUUACUUCUGGUGUGAGAGAAUUGGCCGUCUGCAAGGAUGUUGCGCAGGGAGUUCCUGGAUGUUUUAUGUUUUAUCAUCCUUGUGGGAGGCUUCUCUCAUGUGCAGCAAAGGAUAUUACAGAGUUGAUUAUAAAGUUGUGUGUCUGUGCACAUAUGUGAGAGAAUGAGACGGCACCAUGCUGACUACUGAUGGCCCUAACUUCCAUGAAUUUUUGUAAUCCUCCGUUCAUAAUGUCUGUACUGAUAGCCAUCAUUAAAAUGUUACGUUAGUAAACUCCAAAGUAAUGUGAGUGGAGUCCUAUUGAGGCUAGCUUACAAAAGACCAACACUGAUACAGUAGAGUCUCACUUAUCCAAGCUAAACGGGCCGGCAGAAGCUUGGAUAAGCGAAUAUCUUGGAUAAUAAAGAUGGAUUAAGGAAAAGCCUAUUAAACAUCAAAUUAGGUUAUGAUUUUACAAAUCAAGCACCAAAACAUCAUGUUCUACAACAAAUUUGACAGAAAACAUAGUUCAAUACGCAGUAAUGUUAUGUUGUAAUUACUGUAUUUACAAAUUUAGCACCAAAAUAUCACGAUAUAUUGAAAACAUUGACUACAAAAAUGGCUUGGAUAAUCCAGAGGCUUGGAUAAGCAAGGCUUGGAUAAGGGAGACUCUACUGUACUUUCUUACUCUCUGUUGAAAACCGGUUCUUCCUCCCCUUAACUGACUCAGACAGAUCUUCAAGCAAGAGAACUGUAUUUGCACAUAAGCAUUCUGGCAAGCCAUUUCAUACUGUGCAGGUCUUAUUUGUGUUGUACAGUAUGUACAGCAUUUGCAAAUGAAGUGGUAAACGAUGUGUAAGAGCUGUAGCAGUGAUAUAAUAGGAAGGAAGCUUGAGCUGUAAUUUAGCAUGAUAGAAAUGUUUGCUAGAGGCAGGAAUGAAAUCUGUGUUUUCAAGCUCUGUAGCUCAGUAGUUCCCUGUCAGAACCCUGCUACUAGAGCCUGGAUGUGGCUCUGAGUUUCAGGGUCACUGACAUUGAUAAGACACCUGCGGCUCAGGACUCGGAGAAGAAACGGCUGCUGGACUUGGCGGGGAAUUUGCGCGGGGUUUUGCUGAGCGGGAAGAGACUUUUCAAAUGAGGGGGAGGGUAUAUAAAGGAUGGUUGGCCGGAGCCUCCCAUUCUUGGCUUUUUUGAUGUUCAUGUUUCCUACAGUAAAAGUUUCUGGUGAUAUCACAGAGAGUCUCGUGUGUUCAUUCAGGAGCGGCUGUGGUGAGCUGACACUAAGCCAAGAAAACGGACACCAUCCCGCUGUAGCGGUGAGGUGUAACAUGCAAGUGGAGGAUGAAGAGCUCUUGGGCGCAGGAGGAGGAAGGUCGGAAAGGGCCACUCCCGAGCCGGACGCUGAGUUCCACCAGCUGGCGGCCCUGGCGUCAUCCACCGCUUAUGCCCAGCCAAAUGGGGUAACCCAGAGGCGUGGAGUGGUGCGGGGAGACAGCACCGGAGGAGAGGAAGGUUCACCUUCCCCAGGCCCACAAAGGAUGGUGUUUCUGGAGGAGAGGAUGUCGGCGAUGGAGACCACCCUGGCAGUGAUGUCGAGGGCGAUGGAGCGCCUGGCGUUUUUGGCGGAGCCAGAGAGAGGAAGGGAACUUCGGGCUGGCUCAAUGUGGGACGUGAGCGUGGGAAGCAGCCAGGGCUUUGCAGACCUCCCAGCACCGAAGGGAAGGGAAAUGCGAAAGGAGCCCGGCGCCCGGCCCAAGACCCAAACUAGCCUGACGCGGGUGGAGGAGAGUGACGACGAAGGGGAAAAGCCUCCGAGAAUCCCAGCUACGCUCCCAGCUGAGACCCUGGUGCCCCUGGCGAAUGCCGGGCGUGGCACAGGGCCAAGAGAAGCAGCAGCGGGGCCCACUGGUCCGCAAGGGGGCUUGCGACGGGCGGAGAAUUGGGGAUUGCCACCACAGGGACCCCUACCGAGACGAGAGGAACUAAGGAUCGAGUUUGGGGGAGAGUCCUCUGAACUGGAUUUUUUCCUGACCACGGUGAGGGGCUAUAUGGAGGACAAUGCUCACACUUUUAGAACGGAAUCCAGCCGGAUACGGGCCAUUGGUGCAGUGUUGAAGAGGGGAGCGGCCAGCUGGUACGUUCAGCUGCACGCGCGGCGCGACCCAUGUCUGGGGUCACUCCGACGCUUUAUGGGGGCCCUGGAGACCCGUUUCCGAGAUCCACUGGAGCAGAUCCGGGCGAGGGAGAAGUUGAAGACCGUCUCCCAGGGGCAGAGGUCGGUAUCGGAGUAUGCGGAGGAGUUCCAAUGCCUCGCCGAAAAGGUGCCGGAAUGGUCUGCAGUAACAAAGAUAGAACUCUUCAAAGAGGGUCUCAGGCGGGAGAUCCUCUCCUGGGCGGUGCAUCGUGAUGAGCCUGACACACUGCGCGGAUGGAUUCAGCUGGCGGGGCGCGUCGAGACAUCGCUGGCCCAGGCGAGGAGGCACCGAGGAGGGCUACAGCAGCGGCCGCAGAUGAAAGAGGGGAGCCGGAAGGAGGGAUCAACCCCAGCCGGGAGGAGAACGGAGCCGACAGGGAACGUGAGCGCCAGCAGGAGUGGCUGCUUCGUGUGCGGCCGGUUGGGCCACAGGGCUGCCGAGUGCUGGCAGAGGAAAGGGGAAGGCGGAGGCCAGCCCAAACCAAGAGCCGUGGCAAGAAAACGCGCCGAGGAAGAACCACCGAUGAGGCACCACUCGGGGGGGUUGGACGAAGGGGAGGAGGACGCCAUGUCAGAACCCUGCUACUAGAGCCUGGAUGUGGCUCUGAGUUUCAGGGUCACUGACAUUGAUAAGACACCUGCGGCUCAGGACUCGGAGAAGAAACGGCUGCUGGACUUGGCGGGGAAUUUGCGCGGGGUUUUGCUGAGCGGGAAGAGACUUUUCAAAUGAGGGGGAGGGUAUAUAAAGGAUGGUUGGCCGGAGCCUCCCAUUCUUGGCUUUUUUGAUGUUCAUGUUUCCUACAGUAAAAGUUUCUGGUGAUAUCACAGAGAGUCUCGUGUGUUCAUUCAGGAGCGGCUGUGGUGAGCUGACAGUUCCCAGCAUAGGAUCUGCACAUACUAGGUUCCAUUGCCCAAAGGGAAUUUCCCACAAUAUCUGGGGAGCAAUUUUUGGGCAUCACUGUUAUAUAUUGAAUAUGUAAUCCUGUUAAAACAACAACUCCUAAAUGAAAAGGCAGGUGCAAUAUAAGCAGAGCUAAGCUAGUCAAACAUGUUCCACUUCCCUACUUACUUUGAUGCAAGGAAGAUGUAUUUACAUCCUCUGGUCAAGUAGCCAUGUGGGAAUUUGCACUAGGUGUUAGGUAUGGGAAUCUUUGCUUAUUCCUUUCCUGUAUGUAAUUACAGUAGAGUCUCACUUAUCCAACAUUCGCUUAUCCAACAUUCUGGAUUAUCCAACACAUUUUUGUAGUCAAUGUUUUCAAUACAUGGUGAUAUUUUGGUGCUAAAUUUGUAAAUACAAGAAUUACAACAUAGCAUUACUGCAUAUUGAACUACUUUUUCUAUCAAAUUUGUUACAUAACAUGAUGUUUUGGUGCUUAAUUUGUAAAAUCACAACCUAAUUUGAUCUUUAAUAGGCUUCUCCUUAUUAUCCAACAUAUUCGCUUAUCCAACGUUCUGCUGGCCCGUUUAUGUUGGAUAAGUGAGACUACUGUACAUGCAAAUGUAACAGUUUAGUACUUUUCACACACAUCCAAACCCCAAAUCCAAGCCUGUUUUAUUUGAAAGCACCCUAAAAUAGCAAGUGGGUGUGACAUAAUGCCACUUCCUAUAUGUCAUGAUGUUCCGGCACAUGGAUAAAAAUUGUCCCUUGUGGAAUGAUGAACUCGUGAUGUGCAAACCAUUUUCUCAGUGAGGAAUAUUGUAUGUCAGUCCUUGGUGAAUAUUGGAAAAGGUCUGCAAACAGGAAAAUAGAUUUCUGCUCUCUUUGCUCCCUAAAUUGCUCCUGCAAACUCAUAGUGAUUGUAUAUCUAGUGUAGCAUUCUUUUUUCUCUGUGGAGGGAAAGCAUGAUAUUAGAAUUAGCUAUUCUUUUGAGAGGUUCAAGAUUUCUCUCAUCUGUUAGUUCAUCGCCUCUUCUUGCAGAUGCCUUCUGUACAUAUUUGCUUUGCCUAAGCAAUGAGGAAACUGAGCCACUGGGCAUUGGUGUGUCUUGCUAAAGGUCACUGCCUAACUCUGUGGCAACAUGGGCUGGAAUCCAGACCAAUUUCCCAUAUGUUAUACAUAUCUAUAAUGAUAGAAACAAGUGUCUAAGAAAGUAAAGAAAAAUUGCCAAGGUGUUUUCGUGUGGCAAGGAAGACAGAGAGAUGGACGACUGAACAAAUUCCUCAAACUUUAUUGCUUACCAAAUUAGAAACAAUUUAGGGCUUUAAGAAUUAAGUACCAUUAAUUACUGCCCAACAAAUGCCUAACUACAAUAGAGUACUUGUGGAAAUCAAGAGGACUUCUGCAUGAAUGCUAAAUGGCUUCAUUAAUGUUCAGUGCAAUUUCACUGAGUGAUAAAUUAAUUUGCCUGAUGCUCUAAGAAUUACUGAGUGGAAUAGCAAGCAAAAAAAAAGUGCAUUGAUAACAAAACAAGGGAUCAUUCUGUUCUCCAGAAUGUCGAAUUCAUCUCAUAGACAUGAUGUGCUGUCAGAAAGCCUUGCCAGUUGGAUGACAAGGGUCUCAUAUACACUAACAAGCAAUUUGGGUAAUUCCAAAUAAAUACAACAAAAAUUGAAGUCAAAGAAUGAGUUUUUUAUGUAUGCAGUAAUACAAAUAAUAAGACUAGAGUUUGGAUGAAAUUUAGUGGGCCCCUGGUGGCACAGUGUGUUAAAGCGCUGAGCUGCUGAACUUGCGGACCAAAAGGUCCCAGGUUCAAAUUCCGGGAGCGGAAUGAGCGCCCACUGUUAGCCCCAGCUCCUGCCAACCUAGCAGUUCGAAAACAUGCCAAUGUGAGUAGAUCAAUAGGUAUCGCUCCGGCAGGAAGGUAAUGGCACUCCAUGCAAUCAUGCCAGCCACAUGACUUUGGAGAUGUCUAUGGACAACACUGGCUCUUUGGCUUAGAAAUGGAGAUGAGCACCAACCCCCAGAGUCGUUCACAACUGGACUUGACGUCAGGGGAAAUCUUUACCUUUACCUAUUUCCAUAGAAAAAUUCUGCCAUAAAGGGCUCUGGAGUUGCUUUGAUGAAUCGUGGGAGCUUCCGCAGAGCCCUUUGGCCAUAUACAUAGCUGGUCAGUCCAAGGAUGCAUUGUGGCUGCCACUAUCAUUGCUAGCAAGCAACUCUUUCCCAGAGGCUUGCUUACAAUGUCACAUUUCUGUUUAUAUGAUUUGGAGUCCGACAUGACGUCACAAAAAAUGUAACAUCAUCACCAGCAAUCUUCUGAGAGACUGCUGUUACUGGAGGCAACACAGCCCAAUCUUGCUGUUAACACCUUCAAAACUGUGGGUUUGCUCCACUGAUUUAAAAAGUCAUGUCAAUUCUAAUGCAAGGAUAUCUUACAACAUGAUAGAAAAGAUGAGAUGAGAGUGCAGAUAGCAUUUGGACAAAUACAGCAAGCAUACAGUCAAGAGUUCCUCAUAUCCUUAAUCAUAACAACAUUGGGGUGGCAGUGGAGUCAUUUGCCAUACUUCUGUUCACACCUUUAAUCUCUACUCAGUAUCCAUCUACCUUGGGAACAACAUCUUUGAAUGGCUGAUCGGGUCACUGACAUCAUUAUUAUUAUUAUUAUUAUUAUUAUUAUUAUUAUUAUUAUUAUUAUUAUUAUUAUUAUUAUUAUAUCACAGCAAACAAGAUAAAUAUGCUGGACUUCAUAUCACAAAAUCACAAGUCGAACACUUCCCAAGUGUCUAGGACUGUGUGAUGUAUUUUCGGAUGAUGCGCGCAUAUCCCAGCAGGGUGGCCUUUUGCAGUUGGCAGAUCGUAAUUUUGUCAAUGUCUAUUGUUUCCAUAUUCCGGCUGAGAUCUUUUGGCACGGCACCCAGUGUGCCCAUCACCACCGGGACCACCUGCACUGGUUUCCGCCAGAGUCUUUGAAGUUCAAUCUUGAGGUCCUGAUAGCAGCUGAGUUUUCCUCUUGUUUUUCAUCAAUGCGACUGUCACCUGGGAUGGCAACAUCAAUGAUCCAAACCUUUUCCUUUUCCACAAAUGUGAUGUCUGGUGUGUUGUGUUCCAGAACUUUGUCAGUCUGGAUUCGGAAGUCCCACAGUAUCUUUGCAUGUUCAUUUUCCAAUACUUUUGCAGGUUUGUGAUCCCACCAGUUCUUUGCUGCUGGAAGGUGGUACUUGAGGCAUAAGUUCCAAUGAAUUAUUAUUAUUAUUAUUAUUAUUAUUAUUAUUAUUAUUAUUAUUAUUCCUUCAUGGCCCUGAGUUAUUUUUACAUUGCUCAGGUAGCUUUUUCUUUGCCAUCUGCAGUCUCCAGAAAUUUGGUCUCUCCGAUUCUCUUUGGUACAUAUUACCUGUAUUUCAGCACGAUAUUGCCUAUCCCAUGAGGCUUUUUAGUGUUCAGCUUCUCCAUUGUCUUAUUGAUUUUUGCUACCAGUUAUGAUCCUGAUCUUAUAUUAAACUUGAGCAAAACAUCAACUGCAGAAGGUCUGAGAGAUUUCUGCAGCAGCAUUUAGUGUCUCUGUGAAAUGCUCCUCUCACUCUUUCCCCCAUUAUCUCUUUCCUAGUCUGCCAUUUGCUUGUCCUGUUUGCGGCCGUUAUAAAAUUCUCCUUCCUCUUUGCCAUCCUUUCAUCACAACAUACCACAAGAUAGUUUGACAUUUUUCAAGAAAAGUUCAGGCUUUCUAGAACAUGGCCAUGCCCAGCAAAUUACACCGGACCCACCACAAGGAACUUCCUAUAUUUUGUCUUUUUAAACUCUCCAGCCCUCUCCUUGGAUAGCAUUAUACAACAUGUUGUAUUAUCCACAUUCAACAGGUAAAUGUCCUCAUUUAUUCCCCCAUAUUUUUGGUCCCUGUUUUUCAAUGCUAACAAUGGUUUUUACUUUCCUUAUUCAUAACUUGUUUGUCUUUUAUUUUUGGUUUCAUUCAAUUCACUUAAACAUUUGAAGGCUUCUAUUUUAUGUUUAAUCACAUUUCUUGUAAUUUAUGAUUUUAAUUUUGCUGUGGGAAAUACCCAGAGAGCUUUAACUGUUUGAGUGUAUGGCAAUGUAAUAAAUAAAAUAAGCUUCAUAUCCACACUUACAAAUGCUGCCUCAAUGUAGUCAUGUCCCUCCAAAUCAUACUUGAAUUUUCCACUAUUCUUGUGGUAUAUUAGGUUUUGAAUUUUAUUGGGGAGGGGAGAGUGGAAAAUUGAGAAUUUUGGUACUCAGUCAUUUUGCCAGUGUAUGUGAUUUUUGAUGCAUUUCUUCUUCUAUUCGUGCAUUUUCCACGUUGACUAAAAUGGGUUUAGAAAAGCAAUGAGUCCCCACGGGGAGAUGGUGGCAGGGUAUAAAUAAAGUUUUAUUAUUUAUUAUUAUUAUAGGUUGAAGGGAUCAAGGGAGACUCAAUUGUCAUUUUGAGUCAGUUUAAAAUAAGUUUGGUGACUUAUUUAAUAAUCUGUGUCCUGGCAAGGAACAGAGGAUCUGUGAUAGCAUAUCACAGAGGUGACGGUGGUAUAAAAGUGGCAAAGGAAUAGGGUUUAACUACCUUACAUUAAAAGAAGUAAUACUUUAGAGAGUUGAUUCAUUUUAUUCUGGAAUUGUAACUGUUAAUAAGAGCGCCUCUACGUGAGAAAAAAUAUUGUAACCACUAAGCUCUGUGCCUGAAUAAACUUGUUCUUGUUUUUCCAACAAAAAAAGAAAAAAGAAAGAAAGAAAAGCAAUGUGCACUUCUUUGCUUUUUAUUGGUUUUGAAAAAGGAGGGAACCUGCCACUUUCUUCCCAGUGACAGGAAAUCCCCAAAUAUGUGCCCUUUUUCAUUAAUAGUCUUGUAGAGCAUCGACGGAAUGGUUUUUUU